AUGGAGUUUAGGAACUCAACGAUGGGCAAUGGCUUCAUCUUAGUGGGGAUUCUGGAUGACAGUGGCGCUCCUGAACUGCUCUGUGCCACAAUCACAGCCCUGUACAUGUUGGCUUUAACCAGCAAUGGAGUGCUACUCCUGGUCAUCACUAUGGAUGCCCGGCUCCACGUGCCCAUGUAUCUCCUACUUGGACAGCUGUCUCUCAUGGACCUCCUCCUCACAUCAGUUAUCACUCCAAAGGCUGUCAUGGAUUUUCUGCUCAAAGACAACACCAUCUCCUUUGCAGGUUGUGCCCUUCAGAUGUUUCUAGAACUGGUACUGGGUAGUGCAGAGGACCUCCUUCUGGCCUUUAUGGCCUAUGACAGGUAUGUGGCCAUUUGUCAUCCUCUAAAUUACAUGAUCUUCAUGAGACCAAGUGUCUGCUGGUUCAUAGUUGGUACUAUCUGGAUCCUGGCAUCAGUGAUAGCCCUAGGAUUUACCAUCUACACUAUGAAUUAUCCCUUCUGUAAAUCCCGGCAGAUCAGACACCUGUUCUGUGAGAUUCCUCCAUUGCUGAAGCUGGCCUGUGAAGAUACGUCCACAUACGAGUUGAUGGUUUAUUUGGCAGGUGUUUCUAUUCUGAUUCUCCCUCUUGCUGUUAUUCUGGCCUCCUAUGUACGAAUUCUGUUUACUGUACUCCACAUGCCCUCAAAUGAGGGCAGGAAGAAAGCCCUUGUCACCUGUUCUUCUCAUCUGAUUGUGGUUGGNAUGUGGUAUGGGGGUUCUUCACUCAUGUAUGUCCUUCCCAGUCAAUUCCACAGUCCCAAACAAGACAAUAUCCUCUCCAUUUUCUAUACUGUUGUCACUCCAGCUCUGAAUCCCCUAAUCUAUAGCCUGAGGAAUAAGGAAGUCACAGGGGCUUUAAGGAGAAAUUUUGGAAAAUGGUCGGGGCCAGCCCACUUUCUAGGUAUUUCUUUCUAA